GGAAUAUUAACUUAAUUCUACUUGAAAAUCUAUUCCCAGAUUUUAAAAACUGAGUUGGGUGAAUAUAUGAAGGAUUCAAGUAUUUUGAUAUAAAGGUUGUAUAAAUUACACAAGUGAUAUCUCAAGAAAAAUAUUUCGAAUCCCACAUUAUUAUAUAGAACAGACAAUGUCUAGUCUAUAUUGCACCCCUGGAAGAAUUCAUGUCUAAAAAGGAACGUAAAGAAAAUAUAAACAUUAUUAAUAAUAGUACAAUAGUAUCAAAAACAACUAUUACCACUACUAUAACUAGUACUAAUAAAAGUAAAUAUAAGGAGAAUGACGAUUCAUAUUUAAAAAAUACGAUUCCUCCAUCAACCUACCUUCAUAGGAACAGCUCUGCAUCUUUUACCAGGGGCAAAAAUUCUUUGAUUAGAAGGAUUCCAGUAUUUUCUAAGAUAGAAAAACUUAUCUCCGAAAUGCUAAAUCCUAGAUCGGGCGUUCCAAUCGGAACUCAUAAAGCUUUCCUAAAAGACAUUCCUUACGCUUUUACAGGGUAUGAUCUAAUCGAAUGGUUACUAGAAAAAUUUGAUAUAGAAGACACCGAAGCAUUGCAUUUAGCAAAUUCGAUCUGCAAAUUAGGCUAUAUAUUCCCAGUUAACGAUAUGAAAAAUUUGACUGUCAAGGAUGAUAGUACACUUUACCGCUUCCAAACAUCAUUUUUCUGGCUUUCACAUAACCUCAAUAAUGAAGAUACGGAUUACGCGAUCUAUCUAGUCAAACGUAAUUUAGAUAAUAGCAAAGAUAACGUGCCGUUAGAGCCUUAUGAAGAAGAAAAUUUAGAAAAGAUCCAAAUAAAAUUGGGUGACAAAUGGGAAUUCGUGUGUCUUCAAGCUGAACAGCAAAACAAAUUGAGUAAAGAAAGACGAAAAACGGAUAAAAUUGUAUUAGAUAGUCAAGAGAGAGCCUUCUGGCGAAUUCACAGACCUCCACCUAACACAUUUGACCCUUUAGAAACGACUCCCAUAUUGAAUGCUCAACCCAAUAGAAAUCGCAAAAAGACUGUUGACAAUUUAUCUUUAGAGAUAAUGGAAUUAAAACAAAGCUUCACGAGAUGUAGAUGGAAAACAUCAGAUGUCAUUCAAAGUUACAUAAACAGAUGGGAAAAUUAUUAUGAAUUUGAUCCUUUCAUAGUGAAAAUGGAACCUUCUAACCCUUGGAUAUCCGAUGAUAACGCUAUGUGGUGCCAAAACCCUAACAUCUUAACAACCAAAAGACUCCGAUUGUGGUCGCUAAAUUUCAAAGAACUCCUGAAAGAUGAACAGGGGUUCCAUUUAUUCCUUGAUUUCUUGAAGAAGGAAUACAGUAGUGAAAAUAUUAGGUUCUGGCAAGCCUGUCAGGAUUUUAAGAAAUGUCCGAACCCUAAAAAACCGGAGGCAAUGACAAAAAUUUACAAAGAAUAUUUAGCGCCGAAUGCCCCUAAAGAAAUUAACAUAGACAGUUACUCCAGAGAACUUGUCAAUAAAGGUGUUAGAGAUGGUUCUAGAUACGCCUUAGAUCUAGCCCAAGAUCACAUCUACACACUCAUGAAGAAAGACAGUUACGUCAGAUUUUUGCGCUCCGAAAUGUACAAAAAUCUAGUAGCCACUUCCCAGUCUUCAAACAAGAAAAAAAUGAUAUUAGGUUUCAACCUAGGCCAGUUUCUACAUCAUUCUACUUAUAACACGCCUAACAGUGCUCAAAUGGCUGCUGCGGAAAAACUUAGCAAUCUAGAACAAAUAUAUCAAACGAAAUAUGACAACAGUAAGCGAAAGUCAGGCCUGGAGGAUCUACCCAUAAAUAAAGGGGAAAUCUUUGAUGCUCAAUACCACCCUAUUCAACACUCCUCCAGCGCUGGGGAUCUUCAAGGCUCUUCGGCUACCCUUAAUUCUUCUAACGCGACUAAUAAAAGCCUUAAAAAUAUACAAAAUAACUUAAAAAAUUUAACAAUCGACAAUAGUAAUGUGUAUCCUACUAUAGGACAAAUCAAUAUAUCGCCGGUCGUUCCACAUCAUAUAAUAUAUGCGGGCGGGGCUAUAAACGCUAUUGCGACAUCUCCUGGUAUAAAGGUAAAAGAAGAAUCUGAAAUGGGACAGAAAGAUCUUAAAGAAAGACCUAAAAAGCAUACCAGACAUCAUAAAACAUCUAUUGUAGCUAGCAGGGAUAUACCUAAACCACUAAAUAAUAGUGCUACUAAUAAUAACUAUGAUAAUGAAAAUAAACCCAAAGAGAACACCAAAGAUAAUCUUGGAACAGUAAUAAGACAAGGAACCAUUGAUAAAAACGAAAGAGCUGAAAAAAUCGGGGAUAAGGAACAGAAAGAUAAUAAUAAUAGCAAACAUCAUAGGAGACUUGAGUCUAGUCCUGUUAAGCAUAUCCAUCACAAACCAAAAGAAUGGGAAGAUGAAAAUGCAGAUGGACUAGUAAUGAAGCUACCUUUGAGUGUCCUAGAAAAAGAGUUAUCAUCUCCAUCUUUUAGAUCCAAAAACAAAUUCAACGAAAUUAACAAAGCAAAGAAAGAUUUGGACCAAAUUUCUCAACAAGAGUUAGAAAAGUGUAAUCAAGCCCAACCAAACUCGAAAACUCCUUCGGCCAUUAAAGAAGAUAAAGAUAAAAUUUUGCGAAACCGAGAUGAAAUUAUUGAAAUAACCUUAAAGUCUCCGAAAUCGUCCCAAGAUAGCCGAAAAAACAUAUCCAAAAAUAUGUCCCUGUCCUCUAAUAACAAAGGUGCCAUCAAAAACAAGGUAUUAAAUAAGUCCACUAAAGAAAUUCUUCCUAAUGAAAAUGAUAUUUGUCCAUGGGAGGAUGAAGAAGAAGUAGUAAAAAUUUUGAAGGCUCAGAAAGAGAGCAGGGAAUUAUCGAAUAUCAAAAAUCUAAGCAAGGAGAUGAUGGAGGAGGUGUGUCCUUGGGAAGACGAAGAGGAAGUAGAAAGAAUAUUAACAAUUGACAAGAAAAAAGUGGAAAAGUCCGUGAUAAACCUUAAAGCUAGUCCUCUUCUUAUUCGGAAGGAGGACGGAAACUCCAAGGAAACGGUGUCAUCGCCUAGUAAAACAUUUGCAAACAGAAUAAAAUCUCCUAGGAAUAGUCUUAAUGAGGUGUGCCCAUGGGAAGAUCAGGGAGAAAUAAUUCAAGCUAUGAGUCAAGAUGCCAAAGAUGUUGGCAUCGAAGUUAUACAUUUGAGCAAACUUCAGGAAAAUUCGAAUAAUAAUGAUGAAAUAUGUCCAUGGGAUAAUGAAGAAGAAAUCGAAUGUUUUGAAAAGCAUAAAAUAGUUCCCCAAAUACCAGUAGAAGUGAUAGAGAUUAAGAAUAAACAUGUUAGCCCGCCACAAUUCGCCAACGUUAAGGAUACCCUCAAAGCUAGCGAUUCUACUAAGAUUAUUAGAAAAAAAACUUCGAUCAGCAAUAAAAAAAAAUAAAUCUCCAAUCUUCUUCAAUUGAAAACAUUUCUCAACAAUGACGGAAAGAAGCAUUUCAACCCAUACUUGAUAAAAAUAAUUAAAAUCAAUUCCGCGCAUUGUUAAUUUUUUUUGUUGGUCAUUUCUUUUUAACC